AUGUGGAACCAAGAUGUUCAUUGUGCAGUCCCAUUACCUCCUACAGAGCAUUAUGCUAACCCUUUCCCUCUUACAGAGCAUUAUGCUAACCCAUUCCCUCCUACAGAGCAUUAUAAUGACCCAUUCCCUCUUACAGAGCAUUAUGUAGACCCAUUCCCUCCUACAGAGCAUUAUACUGACCCAUUCCCUCCUACAGAGCAUUAUGCUGACCCAUUCCCUCUUACAGAGCAUUAUGCUGACCCAUUCCCUCCUACAGAGCAUUAUGCUAACCCAUUCCCUCUUACAGAGCAUUGUGCUGACCCAUUCCCUCCUACAGAGCAUUAUGUAGACCUAUUCCCUCUUACAGAGCAUUAUGUAGACCCAUUCCCUCUUAUAGAGCAUUAUGUAGACCCAUUCCCUCUUAUAGAGCAUUAUGUAGACCCAUUCCCUCUUACAGAGCAUUAUGCUAACCCAUUCCGUCCUACAGAGCAUUAUGCUAACCCAUUCCCUCUUACAGAGCAUUGUGCUGACCCAUUCCCUCCUACAGAGCAUUAUGUAGACCCAUUCCCUCUUACAGAGCAUUAUGUAGACCCAUUCCCUCCUACAGAGCAUUAUGUAGACCCAUUCCCUCUUAUAGAGCAUUAUGUAGACCCAUUCCCUCUUAUAGAGCAUUAUGUAGACCCAUUCCCUCCUACAGAGCAUUUUGCUAACCCAUUCCCUCCUACAGAGCAUUAUGCUGACCCAUUCCCUCCUACAGAGCAUUAUACUGACCCAUUCCCUCCUACAGAGCAUUAUACUGACCCAUUCCCUCUUACAGAGCAUUAUGUAGACCCAUUCCCUCUUACAGAGCAUUAUGCUAACCCAUUCCCUCCUACAGAGCAUUAUGCUAACCCGUUCCCUCUUACAGAGCAUUGUGCUGACCCAUUCCCUCCUACAGAGCAUUAUGUAGACCCAUUCCCUCUUACAGAGCAUUAUGUAGACCCAUUCCCUCUUAUAGAGCAUUAUGUAGACCCAUUCCCUCUUAUAGAGCAUUAUGUAGACCCAUUCCCUCCUACAGAGCAUUAUGUAGACCCAUUCCCUCUUACAGAGCAUUAUGCUAACCCAUUCCCUCCUACAGAGCAUUAUACUGCCCCAUUCCCUCCUACAGAGCAUUAUACUGACCCAUUCCCUCUUACAGAGCAUUAUGUAGACCCAUUCCCUCUUACAGAGCAUUAUGCUAACCCAUUCCCUCCUACAGAGCAUUAUGCUAACCCGUUCCCUCUUACAGAGCAUUGUGCUGACCCAUUCCCUCCUACAGAGCAUUAUGUAGACCCAUUCCCUCUUACAGAGCAUUAUGUAGACCCAUUCCCUCUUAUAGAGCAUUAUGUAGACCCAUUCCCUCUUAUAGAGCAUUAUGUAGACCCAUUCCCUCCUACAGAGCAUUAUGUAGACCCAUUCCCUCUUACAGAGCAUUAUGCUAACCCAUUCCCUCCUACAGAGCAUUAUACUGCCCCAUUCCCUCCUACAGAGCAUUAUGUUAACCCAUUCCCUCUUACAGAGCAUUGUGCUGACCCAUUCCCUCUUACAGAGCAUUAUGCUGACCCAUUCCCUCUUACAGAGCAUUAUGUAGACCCAUUCCCUCCUACAGAACAUUAUGCUGACCCAUUCCCUCUUACAGAGCAUUAUGUAGACCCAUUCCCUCUUACAGAGCAUUAUGUAGACCCAUUCCCUCUUACAGAGCAUUGUGCUGACCCAUUCCCUCUUACAGAGCAUUAUGUAGACCCAUUCCCUCUUACAGAGCAUUAUGUAGACCCAUUCCCUCCUACAGAGCAUUAUGUAGACCCAUUCCCUCUUAUAGAGCAUUAUCAUUAUGCUAACCCGUUCCCUCUUACAGAGCAUUGUGCCGACCCAUUCCCUCCUACAGAGCAUUAUGUAGACCCAUUCCCUCUUACAGAGCAUUAUGUAGACCCAUUCCCUCUUAUAGAGCAUUAUGUAGACCCAUUCCCUCUUAUAGAGCAUUAUGUAGACCCAUUCCCUCUUAUAGAGCAUUAUGUAGACCCAUUCCCUCCUACAGAGCAUUAUGUAGACACAUUCCCUCUUACAGAGCAUUAUGCUAACCCAUUCCCUCCUACAGAGCAUUAUACUGCCCCAUUCCCUCCUACAGAGCAUUAUGCUAACCCAUUCCCUCUUACAGAGCAUUGUGCUGACCCAUUCCCUCUUACAGAGCAUUAUGCUGACCCAUUCCCUCUUACAGAGCAUUAUGUAGACCCAUUCCCUCCUACAGAGCAUUAUGCUGACCCAUUCCCUCUUACAGAGCCUUAUGUAGACCCAUUCCCUCUUACAGAGCAUUAUGUAGACCCAUUCCCUCCUACAGAGCAUUAUGCUGACCCAGUCCCUCUUACAGAGCCUUAUGUAGACCCAUUCCCUCUUACAGAGCCUUAUGUAGACCCAUUCCCUCUUACAGAGCAUUAUGUAGACCCAUUCCCUUUUACAGAGCAUUAUGUAGACCCAUUCCCUCCUACAGAGCAUUAUGUAGACCCAUUCCCUCUUAUAGAGCAUUAUGUAGACCCAUUCCCUCUUAUAGAGCAUUAUGUAGACCCAUUCCCUCUUAUAGAGCAUUAUGUAGACCCAUUCCCUCUUAUAGAGCAUUAUGUAGACCCAUUCCCUCUUAUAGAGCAUUAUACUGUCCCAUUCCCUCCUACAGAGCAUUAUGCUAACCCAUUCCCUCCUACAGAGCAUUAUACUGCCCCAUUCCCUCCUACAGAGCAUUAUGUAGACCUCACCCAUUCCCUCCUACAGAGCAUUAUGAUGUCCCAUUCCAUCCUACAUAGCAUUGUGCUGACACAUUUCCUCUGCAGACUAUUACUCUCUUACAGAUCUCUGUCCAGAUUCCUUUCAGCUUUGUAUUGCCCACUGCUACUUUCUACCAUACAUCUCUGUCAAACCUUGCUCUGA